GUCACAUAUUGAAUUUGCAUUUCUCUAUAUUUAAUUAAGUUUCCAAAAAAUAUAUAAAAAUGAAUAAAACUUCAUCCACAACGACAAAGUGGCGUGAAAAGAUAGGAAGGGUUGUUAAUCAUGUAGAAGGACGUGAUCAAAGUGGAGUUCUGUUGUUGAAUUUGAGAAGUUGAAUUGAAGAAGGUAUAGAAGGAGAAGAUAAGAAAAACUUACAACUUACAAGCCAUUAAGUAGUCAUGUGUUGCUGCUCCGAGGAUUGUAGAUGCAGGCCUCUUGGGUUUCUCUUAGGCCUGCCUUUUGCUUUCUUGUCUCUCUUCAUCUCCCUUGUAGGUGUGAUUAUUUGGAUUGUUGGGUUGAUUUUGACAUGCAUAUGUCCAUGUUGCCUUUGCGUGACCAUCAUUGUUGAAGUUGCCCUGGCGCUGAUCAAGGCUCCAAUUUCGGUUAUGGAGUGGUUCAUCUCCAAGAUUCCAUGUUAGAGUGUUAAGAUUUAAUUUUAAGCGAUGGUAUUAGUUUUAGUACUGUUCUUUGGUUGGUUGCCUUCUUUUCAGUUCAUUUAUGCAUUAGUUUAAUCAUGUAUUCAUCUCCAAACGAAAAAUAGUAGGCAUGAAAGUAUUCUGAAUUCUUAGUUUUUGUCCUCCA